CCUCGAAGCAGAAACCCGGAAGUGGAGGCAAGAGGGCGAGUGAGUGGAGUGAGUGGAGUGUGUGAGUGGUGGGAGCCCCUGCCGCGGAGCGACCUGCGGGCGCCCGGAGCGGGUGGCUCUGGGCGCCUUCGUCUCUAGCCGGGCCUUCAGAAUGUGCUGACCCUCAUCUGGCUGGACCGCCAUGGACCCCAGCAGCCUCUCGCCAGUCCAGCUGUGGUGCCCUCGGCCCUUCGGUACCUAUUCGCAGAAUCAGCCCCGCUCAGCUGCUCCCUCAGCCCGAAAGCCCCCUCCUCCCCCUGCCUGCCCUGAGCCAAGCGGCGGGAGCAGCAUCAGCUCCGGGGAUGGGCUGGCCCGCUCUGAGAACACCCCUCCGGCCCCUGCGACCCCCGCAGCUCCCCUGCUUUCCACGGCCCCCGGUGAGGAGGGUCGAGUCCUGCUGGACACGUGGUACGUUAUCAAGCCUGGCAACACCAAGGAGAAGGUGGCCUUCUUUGUGGCCCAUCAGUGCGGUGGUGGCGCCAGCCGGGCCAGUGCCGGGAAGGUCAAGGGCCACUGGGGCAGUGACAGCUCCAAGGCCAAGCGGAGACGGCGCUGCCUGGACUCCACCAAACCCCGGCCAGGCCCUGGCAAGCCACCUGAUGGGGGGGGAGACGAGGACCAGCAGCUGCCGGCGCCCUCCGAGGCCUCAGCCUGUGCCCCUGAGGACGUGGACCUGCUCUCCGUGGCCGAGAUGGUGGCCCUGGUGGAGCAGAGGGCAGCUCUGGCCCUGCAGAGCUACCCUCGUGCAGGGGCCCCGACCCCAGUGGUUUUCGUAUCGGCGGAGCAGGGCGCUCAGGGUGCUGUCGGGGAGCAUCGGCAGGGGCAGGGCAGUGACUGCAGCCGUGUGGCUGAGGCAGUGGCUCAUUUUGAGGCCCAGCGGGAUGGGCCAAGAAAGGAGGAAGUGCGGGCUGGGGAAGGCGGUCCGGGAGGUGGUCCUGGGGAGGUACGCAUUGCCUUUCGAAUCUCCAGCGGCCGGGAGCCCCGCUCCCCGGAGGGUGGCCCCCCAGGGGCGGGCUCCGGAGGCCGGCCAGGGUGCCCUUAUGGCAGCGGGCCGGGCCCCAGCAGCCGGGCCCAGGACAAGAUCACCUGUGACUUGUACCAGCUCAUCAGCCCUUCUCGAGAUGCCCUGCCCAGCAACGUGGACUUCCUGUUGGCCAGGGCUGAUGAGGCUGGAGAAGGGGAAGCAGCCGGAACUUCCCGCCCCGAGGGGCCUCCCGAGCGAGCCUCUGCAGGAGCCACAGCAGGGGACAAGCCCCCUGCCCCGCCCCCGCCCCCCACGGGGGCCCGGGAGUGUGGGGGAGGGGGCGCUGCGGGCUUCCACGUGGACGUGGUGGUCACGGGAGUGGUGGAUGAGUGCGUGUUCUUCGGCAAGGAUGGGGCCAAGACCGUGAAGGAGGAGACAGUGUGCCUGACAGUGAGCCCGGAGGAGCCCCCGCCCCCGGGCCAGCUCUUCCUGCUGCCUGCCCGCGGGGAGCCGGCGCCCGAGGCGCCUGCUGCCCCAGAGGUACCCACAGCGCCCGCGCCCGAGGGCAGCGAGCCCGAGGCAGGGGGCGGGGCGGGCGCAGCGGCCCCCGACGCCUCCCUGUGCCGCCUCUAUCACCACGUAUCCCAUGACUUCCUGGAGAUCCGCUUCAAGAUCCAGCGGCUGCUAGAGCCCCGCCAGUACAUGCUGCUGCUGCCCGAGCACGUGCUCGUGAAGAUCUUCGGCUUCCUGCCCACGCGCGCCCUGGCCGCGCUCAAGUGCACGUGCCACUACUUCAAGUGCGUCAUCGAGACGUUCGGCGUGCAGGCCACCGACUCGCGCUGGAGCCGCCACCCGCUCUACCGCGACGACCCCUGCAAGCAGUGCCGCAAGUGCUAUGAGAAGGGCGACGUGUCCCUGUGCCGCUGGCACCCCAAGCCCUACCACCACGACCUGCCCUACGGCCGCUCCUACUGGAUGUGCUGCCGCCGGCCCGACAAGGACACGCCGGGCUGUCGGCUGGGCCUGCACGACAACAACUGGGUGCUCCCCUGCCACGCGCUGCGGCCAGCCCGGGAGGACGCCAGGUGAAGUGGGGGGAGGGGGAGGGAGCGCCCACCCCCCCCCUCCCAGCCCCUCCCCGCAUUCCUUCUGGCCGGCCCCUCCUCAGCAUCUAGGACUCGGAGCCAAUCGGGCGGGGAACCGAAAAGCCUUCCUGAGACCCCCCCUUUGAUUGGCUACUUGGCACUUAAGCCCCACCCCCAGACUCCUGGCUGUUCUCCUGCCAAGGUCUGGGAAUAGAGCUGGGCAUCUCUUGAGGAGGGCGGUCUUCAUCUCAGCCCCUCCCCCGGGGCGGUCUUUCUCCCACCUGGACUCUCCAGGUGGGGGUGCUGCGCCCCGAGCUGGGGCCUUUCUGUCAGCUUUUCAGAAAGUCAAGUCACUAACCCCCGAGGGCCCUGCCAGCAGAGAGUGGACUCAGGCCGUGUCCAUGCUGCCCUUCUCGGGUGCCCCCCUCCCCCCAGACUGCACGCCCACACCAAGGACAGUGUCCAGACCUCUAGACCUGGCCCCCCAGUUUUCUCCAGCCUCUGGGGCAUCUCUCCCAAACCUGCCUCAUCCAUAAUCUUGCCCCUGCCUCUGGGGUGGGGAGGAGGGGAAAACAUUUCUUACGGAGGAUUUGACUCCAUUUCCCCCUUACCACACAAUUUCAAGCAGCCCCCAAUCCCAAAGCUGUGAAUCCUUUCUGAGCGUGGUGGGAAGCCCGGGCCUGAAUUUCUGGGUUUCCCACUUCAGCUCAGGGGACACUCUGGGGGGUGUCGGGUCCUCUCUCUGCUGGGCCAGGCUCACCUCCAGCCUGGCUGCCUUCAGAAAAUCAGACUCCUGGGUUUCUCGGGGAAGCUGGGACAUUCUAAUAUUUGGUUGGUUUGGUUUUGUUUUGUGGUGGAUUUUUUCCCGUUUUGUUUUGUUUUGGUUUUUGUUCGUUUGUUUUUACAUCUUUGUGGUUCUGAAUGCUUCUCAUGUGUGGCAGUCUGGCCGGUUUGGGAAUCGGCCCUUUCUAUAAAGCAACUAUUUAUAA